CCGAAGAAGGCAAACACACUUCUUUUUUUAAUGCCUUCACUUUUCAGAUGGCUUCCCACUGGCAGUUGGGUCUCCUCAUUAAUCCUUCGUGGUCUACGCAUAGUAUUUAUUAAAUCUGUGUCAACUUACUUCAUCUGCUUUCCGAACCAUUCCAACAAGUUAUGGGCAUCAGUCACGCUUCCAUCUGCGCUGAAAAAUUAAGCCCAUUUUAUUAGAACGUGGAAGAGCAUUAAGGAAGUGCUUUAUGGAAAAAUGUUCGUGGAUUUAACUCUUUCUCGAGUACAUCCUAAUUAUUACGAGAGUAGUACAGAUCGGAUUGCCAGCACCAGCCUUGCCCCACUCCAUUUUAUAAUGAGGUAAUAGCCCGACUGUAACAAAGUGGCUCAGUCUGGUCGUUGUGCCAACAACUAAUCUGGGAAUGCUUCGCUUGGCUUUACUCUUGAAGCAUCAGGUAUGCAAUUUAUGGUACUUUGAUUCCAAAAAUUCGAAAAAAGGUGGAGAUCGAAAAUUGAUGAGAACCAUGACACGUAUUCAUCACAAAACAACACUCACGUCGCCAUACUGAAAAACGGAACAACGCUACCAGGAAAACAAUCAUAGAAGGGAAAGUAAUAAAAUGGAUCCAGAAGAGGAGUUAUUGCAGCUCCAUCCCCUGAGCGACAAAAAUCCGAGCCUUUAUAAAUUGCUUUUGACAAGCCUGGAGGCAUCACAUUAUGCAGCUUUCAAGAGCUUAAUAAACAAGGCCUUAAAGAAACAUCCACAUGGAGUACAAGUUGAUCACUUUUUUUCACAUCCGUACGAUAAAACAUUUCUUGACAUUGCUUCAAGUAAAGGUCUAAAAGAUUUUGUAGAAUUGCUCCUGGAACUUGGUGCGAAUCCUAAUCGUAUAAAUGAAUCUCGUAAUAGAGCACCCCUUCAUUUCGCGGUAGAAAAUAGCCACUCGGAGGUCGUAAAGAUACUUUUGGAAGAUCCUGCUAUAAACCCGAAUCUGGAGGCAGGGAGGCAAACAGCCUUACAUAUUGCAAUCAAAAAUAAGGACAGAAAUUGCACUGAAAUGCUUUUGCAAGGUGGUGCUAGUCCGAAUAUUCCUAACAGUAAAGGCAUCAGUGCUCUUCAUCAAGCUGCCACCACAAACCAACGAGAGAUAGUGCGCCUUAUUCUUGAAAAAUCUAAAGUACCUGUAGAUUUGGACAGUUAUGAAGACCUGAGAAAACAAACUACAAGACAGAUCUUACAAAAUAAAUUUCCAGAUUUAAUUCUUUCUGAGAUUCAACAGAGAAGAGUAGGCAAAAAUCAGUUGAGGUACUAUCUAGAUGCUAAUGAUGAAAAAAAUUUCCUAGAGAAUUUAGAAAAAGUAGAACCAAAUGUUUCAAUAAACACAGAAGAACUGAUAAUAGAAGCUGCUUCCCGCAAUCUUUUCAAGGCCGUGGCAAAAUUAAUUAGCAGAGAAGAAGUGGUAGAAAUAUCGAAAGCUGGCGAGAUUGCUGUACAGAGAGGGCAUUAUGAAGUUCUGCAGAAGCUGUUAAAUUAUGAUUGUCAUUUAGGGAAAAAAUUGAUAAUUUUGGGCUGCCAAGAGUUAGCCACACCCUGCAGAAGGAGCUUGGAUCACCGAGAUGUCAGACUGAUGUGUCUAAAGCUCAUACUGUCACAGAAAAAUGUUGAUGUGCGCGUUGAGGAUGAAAAAGGUAACACCCCCUUGCAUUAUGCUGCAAGGGCCGAACACUCUGCAGCUGUAGACCUUUUGUUGCAAGCAGGGAGUUACAUCGGACACCGGAAUCGUUUGGGCAUGCCUCCCUUAGCUCAUAUUUGUCCUGCAUCACUAUCUGAUUACUUUGACAAUUGCAUUAAAAGCAGUAAUCCACGUUCCGAUGAUUACGAAAUCCAUUUUGAUUAUCAUUGUCUGAUGCCUCACGCUCCCACUUAUGAGAUCGAGGAACCCCUACUAGGUACUAAGAAAAGAAACCAGACGAAAGCAGAUACAGAAAUGCUGGCACUGCUGUACAUAGCCGAGAAUAAGGCUUUGAAACAUCUGUUAAAACAUCCACUCCUCGCUUCCUUUUUAUAUAUUAAAUGGAGUAGAAUACGUCACAUUUUGUAUGCGAAUUUACUUUUUUACUUGGUGUUUUAUAUAUUUUUAAAUUGUUAUAUUAUUUUUGCAAACUCGAAAAAUGAGACGGAGAGGAAGGAAGUUUUCACAGCAGAGGAAGGAAUAUUCUGGACAGUAACUAUCGCAGCAAUAAUAAUUCUCGCUGUGAGAGAAUUCUUCCAAUGCUUGUCUUCGCCAGGUUAUUAUAUCACCAGCCUUGAAAAUUGGCUAGAAGUGGCUUUAGUAAUCUUGGCAGCAGUGUUUCUAUUUACGAGUAAUGCUCAAGUUGGAACAAUAUUAAUCUUACUCUCGGCCUGGGAACUAGUAGUACUCAUUGGUCAGCAUCCCAAGAUGUCCACUGGAAUUGAAAUUUUUAAGACGGUUUCCGUAAACUUCAUCAAGUUUCUAUUUUUGUAUGCCUUUUUAAUACUAUCAUUCGCUCUGGCGUUUUAUACACUUUUUAAAAAUGGUGAUGAAGAGAAUAAGCCUUUUCCAAGUGCACCAAAAUCGAUUUUUAAAACAAUUGUCAUGUUGACGGGAGAAUUCGAAGCUAGCAACAUUCCCUUUGUGAUGUAUCCGGUUUUGGGACAUAUAAUUUUCGUACUCUUCGAGUUCUUGAUUGCUAUUGUUCUCUUUAACUUACUGACUGGACUUGCCGUGAGCGACACACAAGAGAUUCUGGCAGAGGCUGAGCUUGUGAGCUUGAUUUCGAGGACAAAGAUGAUUUCAUACGCAGAAGGAGUUGCAGUGGGGGUUCAAUUUUUUCCUGAAAAUGGAGGUUACUGUUGCGUGCAGCCAAUUCUUCAAAUUCCGAAGUUAAAUCCACUCGCUUUUGUAGCUAGGCGAAUAUUAAUUUUUCCAAAUUAUCUGCCUGAAGGUAAGGUUAGCGUAAAACCUUACAAGAAUCACGAGAUUCUUCUGCAGGGACAUGGCAGUUUUAAAUCUAGAAGAUUCGACACCCUUAAAUUGGACGCAUCGAUCACUGAAAAUGCGAAGAAAAUUCUUUCUCAACGUGGACGAGUUCCCAUGGAAGAAAAAGUAAUUUCCGAACUUAAUUCAGUUUCGAAAAGACUGGAAAAAAUUGAGUCUAUUCUCCUCAGUUUACCAAAAUUUUCACAGGGUAAUAAUAACAUUGAUGUUAUUGACUAUGAUGACAAUAUUGAAGAUAGAUAGAUCUAUUAGAGAUUAAAGUGUGCUUGACUUUCAACGCCUCCAUUUCAUACCGCUCUUCGUCACGUUUGGUGGGUGUCGAACUUCAUUUCCUGUGUAUAAGCAUAGGACCUAAAGUUAUACAGCGACCGAAGGCGACGUGAAGCGAUAUGGAAGCGUGCAUUUUGGAUGUGAUACACUAGUGUUAAAUAACUCUUACAAGUUUUUAACGCUGUGACAGUGUUUUUAACAUUUUUUGGGGGAAAAAUGAUGCAUAGUUAAUACACAGGAGCCUUGGUGACGAAUUAAUAUUGUCGAGUAUAUUUUUAUAAUUCGGUCAAUCCUUCCAAUGUAAACUUCUUCCGUAAGAAAAGGCUAAACUUACAGUCUGUCAAGUUAAAGCGUGGGUGGCUUUACUCGCAGUCGGUAAGGUGUAUCGACAUGAUUUUG